AUGUCUCCUCUUGCCUCCCCUCGCCAGCUCCCCACCUCCCAAGUGUGUGAACACGAAAACAAUACGAGUAAAGCUCAAUCGGGGGGAGCUAGGACCCGCCGGGAGCCCCAGUGUGCGGGAGAUGGGGGUCAGGACGUGCCCGUCACGGGCAAAGCGGCUCCGGGCAUCCUCAUCGUCGUCCCUCGGGGCGGCUCUGGCCAGCCGGCCCGGGCCCCCCAGGCCUGCAGCUGCGGGCGCCGAGGCGAUCACCGCGCUGCAGAGCUGCGCGCCCGACGGCGGCGGCGCUGCUCGGCCCGGCCGCGCUCCGGCCCGCUUGCCGUCUGCCAAUGGGAGGUGUCAGGGUGCCUCCGCCGGCGGCCUCGGGGGCGGGGCCGCGGGAGCCCGUGGGAAACCGAACUCCGAUUGGGCCGCCUGACAAUCGCUCCGCCUCCGGCCGGCCAAUCAAAGACGGCGGAUACAGGAGCGGGGCGUUCGGAGUUGGGCUGGAGAGCGACAACAGGCGCACGCUGGGUACCCGGGCUGCAUCCCGGCUUGGCGCGCGCGGCUGGAAGGAUGCGGGCGCUGCGCGCUCCGGGGCUGCCUUCCCACGAGGCUCCGGCGGCCAGGCUAGGGAGAGGGGGAAAGCAGAGGAGGCGCGGCUGGCCGGGCAUCGGUGCGGGAGCUCCUAACAAAGCAGCUUUGGGAGGGCCGAGCGCCUCCGCCUCCUCCCGCAAUAGGUCCGCGAAGCUGCCUGUCACCCUGCAUAGGUGGAGGUGGCCAAUGACGUACAGAGAAGGAGCUCGAGUUGGCGCGCGCGCGCGGCUCGGCAUCGGUGGGAUUGGUCGGAGGUAAAGGAUUUUCCUGCCACCUAAGGCAGAGAGGAAAGGGGAACGGAACGGGGGAGGGGAAGAGCCAAAAUACGUUGUACCUGCGACACGUGGUCUGGCUUGGAAGGCGUGUGCCUGCUUCCAGAGGGAGACGAGAACUUUUUUGCUAGGGAAAAAAAACCCUCACGUAAUCCCUCCCUGUGGAUGCUAGGGGAUGUUAGCGCUAACCAGGCGCCAGGUAGGGCACGGUGGCCUUAACCGAGUCCUGGGGGGUCCAGGACGCACCGGUUGACUCACCUUGCCCGGCUAGUGAACCUGCAAUCACAGCGUGGGCUCGGGCCUCACAUUCACCUACUGGGGCAGAGUACCUGACUCGGGCACGGUUCGCACAGACCUCCUGGUCUCUUCUGUAAAAUGCGGAAACGAGGUUUGCCGUUUACCUUUCGCGAAGUCGUGAGGGACACGGAAACCGGGACGCUGAUUGUAGAGACUCAAACGAAAGCUCGCCCCCACACCGGGCAGUGCUUCCUCCUCACUUUAAAUGCUUUGGACUUCGCCGUUGUGAACAAAGGCUGCGGGGAAUAUUCGUUACAACAGAUGCGGUGGCCGCGUUCGCACCGAGGAAGGCCAGCGCUCCCACCCCCACCCCCACCUCGUGGUUAUCUGGUCGAAAACAAGGAAUUCCCUGUGUCAGAGAGUAAACCUAAACUGGAAAAUUAAAAGUCAUCCUUGACUUCUCCCUCCUCCUCCUCCUCCCCUCUAUUCCUGCCAACCUCCCCAAUCCAUGCCCUCCUCCUGGUCCUCUCUCACUAGACCACAUCAAAGACUUCCCAUGUCUUUCUACCCCAGGCCUUGCCUCCUGAAAUCUAUUCUCCACUUGGCGGAAAAGUCUCAUUUUGCUGACUCCCCUCUGGAUCGCUUCCCUUUGCCCAGAGCCCCCCCUGCCCCCAUGCUUUCCUUUCACUUGACUGCUUCUUACCCAUUCUUCGGAUCCCAACUUCGCAGGCAGGGCAUUGAUGCAGUAGAAGUUUGCUGAACUCCAGCUGUGCAGCAGACAGUCUUGUGGGAGCAUCUGUAUCCAGUCGAGGUUAGAUACCCACAUCCCCCACCCCCGGUGUUCCCAUGUGUUACAACGGGGCUGAAAUUGCCCGUUAAUUGUGCUCUCCCCCCACCACCACAGCACUCCAUUGCAUCCGGAAUCUUAUCUGCCUUGUAUCUGCUGUGUCCCAGUGCCUAGCAUAGUACUUGGCACAUUUGGGGCUCUCCAAAAUACUUAAUCAAUGAACUAUAGAGGAGCUGUAAUGAGAGACGAGCUUUGAAGAUCUGAAGUGCUUCUGAAACAUCAGUUUGAGAAGAAUGGUUGGGAUAGUAGAUCUCAGAGUGAUAGGCCCACCAGGUCCUGUGAUGGGUGUUACAGCGAAGUUUUUGAGUGAGGUUUGAGAGAUUUUCCAAAAGACACCCUUUCAAAAGACUGCCUUUAUAUCAGCCAAUACCUUGCCCAAGCUUCUCAAGGGAGAAUCCUUCCUUUGUGAAGCUUUUCAUCCCAGGAGAAAGAGCAAUGUCUUACAAGUUCUUAACCUGUUACCAGACACCAUCUUAGAAGGGGAAUAUAAUAUAUAUAUAUUGGAAGGGGAAUAUAUCCAUAUAUGUGUGUGUAUAUAUAUAUACGUACAUAUAUACAUAUAUAUGUGAAAAUUAGUAGACGGUUUCCGCCUAAGGAUGUUCAGAAAUACGUUUGGCUAUGCUCUGGAAUCAGGCUGCCUAGUUUCAAGUCAGCUUUGUCAUUUUCUAGCUGUGACCUUGGGCAAAUUAUUUCAGACCUCUGUGCCUCAGUUUCUCCAUCUAUAUAAUUGAGAUGAUAAUAGUGCCCACCGCAUAGGGUUGGUAUGAAGAUGAAUGAGUUAAUAUUAGUAAUGUGCUUAGAAGAGUGCCUGGCACAUGGCAUUAUGGCAUUAAAUAAUGUUUACUAGGGGCUGGCCCCAUGGCAUAGUGGUUGAGU